CCUCGGUGCAGGCUGUCGGGGAGGCGGGAGCGGUAUUGUGUUUAUUUCUUGAGAGGUAAAGUUUCUCCCAAAAUGUCUGGAUUUGAUUGCAACCCCUUUGUAGAUCCCGUGGAUGUGAAUCCUUUUCAGGAUGAUUCGAUCUCACAAGCCACCAGUGGGUAUGAAAGCGUUGGUGAAUUCAAUCCAUUUUCAGAAAGUGGAAUGGGAAAACACACUGGCUCUACCAUCCCCAUUUCUGCUGCCUCAUCGCAACCUGCUGUACUACAGACCUCAGUAGAGUCUACUCCACAAGCAGCUGCAACUGCUGCCAAGGCUGAACUGAUCAAACAGCAGCAGGAACUGGAGAGGAAAGCAGCCGAGCUCGAGCAAAAGGAAGAAGAGCUGAGGAACAGGACCACAGGUAGAGGACUACCCAAUGGAGUUCGAGAAAAUAAUUGGCCCCCGCUCCCCAAGUUCUUCCCUGUGAACCCCUGCUUCUACCAGGACUUUGAGGAGGAAAUCCCCGAGGAGUACCGCAGGAUCUGCAAGAGAAUGUACUACCUCUGGAUGUUCCACAGUGCCACACUCUUCCUGAACGUGCUAGCCUGCCUGGCUUACUUCACAGCGAGCUCUGAAAACGGCGUAGACUUUGGCCUGUCUAUCCUCUGGUUCAUCCUCUUCACCCCUGUCUCUUUCAUCUGCUGGUAUAGGCCUGUCUACAAGGCCUUCAGGUCCGACAGCUCCUUCAGCUUUUUCUUCUUUUUUUUUGUUUUUUUCUUCCAAGUGGCUGUGUACAUCAUUCAGUGUGUGGGGAUCCCCAGAUGGGGUAACAGUGGAUGGAUCACUUCCAUCUCCAUGAUUCGUUCCAACCUGGCGGUGGCUGUAAUUAUGAUGGUUGUGGCAGGUUUUCUCACAGUUAAUCUUGUCUUGGCCGUCAUCCUCCUGAAAAUGGUCCACUCUAAGUACAGGAGAACAGGGGCCAGCUUCAGCAAAGCCCAGGUGGAGUUUUCCCAGGGGGUCCUCACUAACCGAACCUUGCAGACAGCGACAGCCAGUGCAGCAGUUUCUGCCGCUCAGCACACUUUCCAGGGGAACUAGUGAAAAUCAAGCUGCCAUGACCAUGUCCAGAAUAUGUAACACUACCCACUAGCCUCUUCUCUGACCAACAUGAUAGUCUAGCCAUGUACUAAUAAUUAUUCAACAGCUCCUAUUUGAUCUUUGGGGUUUUGCAAUCGCUAAUUCUUGAGAUGUUGGAACAGGAGUCAGAUUAGUCAUUUUUGAUCUGGAAAUUCUUUUUUUCUAGACCAUGAAUUUUAAACAGCAUACCAACCUUGUGGGAAGUUCCUCAGCCCCUCACCAGUCAACACAAAUCAAAAUACAAUGCUAAUAGAUAUGGAAGGCUGAUCCAUGGAUCUGACUACUUGAUGGGAUGUCCUCUAUAUAGAUGGUGUAAAAGAAAAAACAAUGCCUUAACUGCACCAUUUAAUGAAAAGGGCUGGGCUCAGUGAAAGUAUUUUCCCCCACUCCUCUCACUUGUGUUGUCAAUGGAUAGGUCGAAGCUUCUGAAAAGUAAUCGGACUGUAGUCUUUAUAGCUGUUUGCAUGGAGAUGAACUGAAUCCUAUGAACAUGUACAAAAAGGAAGUUUAUUAUUUACCUAACACAGACUUGACAUGAGAAUGUUUUGCUGCCAGGGGGAGAUUUCAAAAUGCCAUCAUAAAGUAAUUAUUUUUUUUUACGUUGUCAUCAAGCUACCCAUGAUAGUACUGCUAGUUAACUGUUAGCCAUCCAUUAUCCAAGCCGCUUAUCCCAAUUGGGGUCGUGGGAUGCUGGAGCCUGUCCCAGCAGUCAUUGGGCGGCAGGCAGGGAGACACCCUGAACAGGCCGCCAGGCCAUCACAGGGCAACCACUUAACCGUUAUCUUUUUAUAUCGAUUUUCUAUCUUGCACAAGCUGAGUUGCAUUUUCCCAUUCUAUGGCUACUUUUUACUGACUUUCCUUUCAUUGCAAUCAGCUCUUCUAAUCAGGUUGCCCUGUAAAACAAGGUGUGCCCGGAAAAUUGUGAAGAAGUUAGAAUCACAAAGGUCAAUCUACUUUAAUAAUUUAUUAAUGUUACACUGCUGAUAUAAGGGAAUAAGGAUGUAUGAAUGUAAUGGCCAUCUUCUUAAAGAGGUCAGUUAUUUGUUGUUGUUUUUCCCCAGUUGUCUGUAUAUGAUUAGCUCUCUAUUGAGGGAGGGUGAAGGGAUGAAUCUUGUUUCCCGUCUGUCUUUUUGUUAUUUAAUCGAGUUACUGGACUAGAUGAAGUGAAAAGAAGGUGUAAUACGAAGGUCAAAUGAAGACUUGAUUACGGUUUUACUGAAGCAGUACAUGGACUGUAUAGUUUAGACCCUGUGUGAUGCGCUCACUCGUCUGUAUUUAUUGUAAUAGUAUGGACCUUAACUGUGAUAGAAAUUGGGAUUGAGUUAUCGUGUAUUAAGGUGAAGAUGCUGCAGGGCAAACUACUAUAUAGAUGCUCGAAUAAUGACAUGGUAGGAUAAACUGUAGAAAUUAAAUAAAGUGAUAUGACUGCCUUACUGAGCUGAAAGAACGUUUGAUUUAUAAAUAAAUGAAGU